CACAGAAGAAGAAGAAGAAGAAAACAAAAACCGGAACAUUUAUUUUAUUUGUUGCGGUUCAGAGAUAAGCUAGCUCAAUUCUCUGGGACCACCGUACAGGCUCACUUGAUAAAUUCACAGAUAACAAAAUCUGCGUUUUUGAUUUAAUUCGAAGAGGCCGUUUACACCAUAUUUCCACGGGAGAAGACCUAUGGUCACUGGAGAAGAUGCGAGCUGUGCGUCAAAUUCUACCGAACACAAUGACCAACUACAGAGGUUUUCAGACACAACUGUCGUCCAUCAUGGAUUCAUUGACCAAAGCGGCAGUGGCAGAAAUCUGCGAGCUCGUAGAUGACAGUUAUGCUCUUUUACAAUUGGAAAUAUCUCGAAGCCACAAAGAGAAUGAGGCAUUGAGAAGGAAACUCGAGUUGAUCGAGACCAUCAUUGCGCGUGGGCAGAGAGGGAAUAUGGCUGAAACAAACCAGCAAGAUAACAUUGAUUCCAUCAAUGCUGAACGUUCCUCUUCAUCUGGAAGGGCUGCCUGUACCAAGCAGUCAAAUGAAAAUCUAAGAGGAGCUGGAAAGAUCACAGCUGUUCGGGAAGCCACACAACAGUCUGAAAAUAAAGAGGUGGUUUUGCAGUUACCUGACGAGGAGAAGAGCGGACCUGACAUAGUCUUGAUCAAGGAGGAGAAGCUGGGCGGGGACUUGGAUAAUAGUGAUGACACACAGGAUGUUCUGCUAUUCAGUGAGAAGGGUACUGAGGCGUUGUAUGUCGAAGUGAAUGACUGUGAAGAAGGGCCAUCCAGAAUGACCUCCUCCAACAUGACUACGAGGGAGUGGGACAGAAGUGGAGAGGAUAGUGGCCACCGAUCCGAGCAGGGGAACGAGAGUUCUCAGAGGACCCCCCAGUUUUUGCGCUCUAAGUUCACGGCCGGAAGAUGGAACCCCCUGAGCCUUGACUACACGCUGCAUGAGACACCCAGUGAGUCUGGGUCCUCCAGUCCACAGGGGGGGGGUGAUGAAAUGGAGACAGUGGAACCCGUUUAUGAUUUCCCUUCAGAAACAGACACCGACAUCCCCCCUACUCACCUGACAGGGAAACGGUUUCCUUUUGAACCAGACAGUAGUCCAAAUUCUCUCGCUGGGAAUUUCGAAAUGAAAAGAGAAGUUUCCAUGGUCAGCUCUCUACCUUACGACGUGGAACUGGAUAUGUGUUCUUCAUGGAGCAACCAGGGUAUGCUGGGAAUGGUUUCCAUGCAGCACGGGCAAUACCUGAAACCGGACCGCAGGGAAAUGCUGCUUGACAAGGCUGCAGACUUGAGCUCUGGCCAAUAUCAAAUGACCGCCGCCGGACUUCACGCUGCAGCCAAGUACGACAGCAGAGACGGCAAGCGUUUUAUUUGCACCUUCUGCAGCAAGUGUUUUACAUCGUCGCGAAAUCUGGAGACACACCUGCGGGUUCACACGGGAGAGAGACCGUACAGCUGCGCCCAGUGUGGGAAGAGGUUCACCCAGUCUGGCCAUCUGAAAACACAUCAGAGCGUACAUACCGGAGAGCGGCCAUUUGCCUGCGAGCAGUGUGGUAAAAGAUUUGCAGGGAAACAAAAUUUGAGGUUACACCAACAGAAAAACCACCCUAAUCCGUGAGGUGUGACGCUAGUUGAGAGCUCCAUGAAUACGGUUAUGCCUAACAUUUUUAGAAGCUUUAGACCAGAACCUUGACACUGUUUGACAUCUAAGUUUGAACAUUAGUCAUAAAGAUUAGGCUAUUUUGUAUUUUCACACUGAUGAUAUGUUUUGAUGGAUGAGCUUCGCAAGAAUGGUAGAGGUGAAAAACGUGGCCUAACAUUGCGAUGCUCUCAUUUCAAUUUCUGUUCCAUUUAAUUGCCUUUUGAAAUGAUACAAUUGAGAAUAUUUAACCCAAUGAAACAAAGCUAUUUGAAUGUAUUUUGAAAAUGGAACAGUCAUUCCAUAUAAGUUGUUACCAUAAUGGUCACACUUUAAAUGAACCACAAUUCAUAAAGGCUUUAUAUAGCACACAUAAAGUAUUCAUAGGAACUAUAGAGUGCAUUGCCUAAUGCAUCAUAUCCUACUAUGAAAAUUCUCAAAAAAGCUGUGCUUUAUAAAGGGUUGUAAUUAUACGUAACAAUAUAACAUUAUUAGUGUGAUUGCAAGAAGAUAACUCGCAAGAACUGUAAGAGAAAAUGUGUUCUCCCAGUAAACUCACCUUUUACAAUACGGACAGCAGGAAAGUUUAUUUAAAGGAUGUAAGUUAUUUCAGAAGAUUCAUUAUUUACCAACAGCUGCAAAUCCCAAUAAAACGACAUCACGUUUUGAAGUUCA